CCGUUGAAUAUAAGCAUCCCUUGCCGCCGUGAACUCAUCAGUCCGGAAGUUUUGUGGCCACCCAUGACUUUGGUACAUUUCUUUCAUAACUUAAUACUAAAUGUCGAGAUCAGCGCUAUCCAGAAAACAAAUCACAAGCAAGACCAGAGAAGGGAAAAACAGGGCCAACUCCCAUGAACUCGAUCCUCUUCCGUGUUCAGAUCAGCCCUCAGGAUCUCACCAGUCUCACUCGCAGGCCCGUUCCAAGGGAUCCAUUCCAAGUCAGCAAAGCGCUUGACCUAUGGUUCGAGCACGUCUUCGAUAGGUACGGCUUCUUGGUAGUUAUAGUAGUACUCAGGAGUGUUUUCUGGUCUGCCAUUUUCGUUAUCCCAGUCAACUUUUGUGAUGGUGCCUAGGAAAGAGUUAUAAUUGCUUGC